CCGACGUGCACUCCUGAUUCCUUUCGGUUCUAAGUCCAAUAUGGCAACUCUCAAGGAUCAGCUGAUUCAGAAUCUUAUUAAGGAAGAACAUGUCCCCCAGAAUAAGAUUACAGUGGUUGGUGGUGGUGCUGUUGGCAUGGCCUGUGCCAUCAGUAUCUUAAUGAAGGACUUGGCAGAUGAAAUUGCUCUUGUUGAUGUCAUAGAAGACAAACUGAAGGGAGAGAUGAUGGAUCUCCAACAUGGUAGCUUUUUCCUUAGAACACCAGAAAUCGUCUCUGGCAAAGACUAUAAUGUGACAACAAACUCCAGGCUGGUUAUUAUCACAGCUGGGGCAUGCCAGCAAGAGGGAGAAAGCCAUCUUAAUUUGGUCCAGUGUAAUGUGAACAUCUUUAAAUUCAUCUUUCCUAAUAUUGUAAAAUACAGCCCAAACUGCAAGUUGCUUGUUGUUUCCAAUCCAGUGGAUACCUUGACCUAUGCAGCUUGGAAGAUAAGCAGCUUUCCCAAAAACCGUGUUAUUGGAAGCGGUUGCAAUUUGGAUUCAGCCCGGUUCUGUUACCUCAUGGGGGAAAGGCUGGGAAUUCACCCAUUAAGCUGUCAUGGGUGGAUCCUUGGGGAGCAUGGAGACUCUAGUGUGCCUGUAUGGAGUGGAGUGAAUGUUGCUGGUGUCUCCCUGAAGAAUCUGCACCCCGAAUUAGGCACUGAUGCAGAUAAGGAACAGUGGAAGGCAUGCAGAUACACUUUGGGGGAUCCAGAAAGAGCUGCAGUUUUAAAGUCUAAUAUACCACUUCACUGUCUAGGCUACAACAGGAUUUUAGUUGAAGGUUGUGCAUAUUGUCCUUUAUAUCUGAUCUGUGACAAAAGCAGUAAUGUUAAGACAGCCUAGGAAAAACAUCAGUUUCCUAACAUUAGCAAUAGGAAUGGUUCAUAAAACCCUGCAGCUGUAUCCUGAUGCUCCAUGGCACUCAUCUUGUGUGUUCCUAAAUUGGUUCGUGCAAAAUAGUUCUACUUCCUCAAGUGGUACCACUGACAGUGUUGCAGAUGCUGCAGUUGCCCUUCAAACCAGAUGUGUAUUUAACUCGUGUUAUAUAACUUGUGGUUCCUUUAGCCAAGAUGCCUAAUCCAACUUUUUUUCUCCAAUUAAUCACAUUCUGGGAUUGAUUAUAAAUCCAGUAUUGCAUGUCUUGUGCAUAACUGUUCUAAAGAAUCUUAUUUUAUGUACUACUAUAUGUAUCAGAAUAGUAUACACUGCCAUGUAAUGUAAAAAAGAAAAAUCUACAUAAAUA